CAGGACACCUCCACCAUCAGCAAGGCCGAACAGCAAGCACCCGAAGUACAAAGUUGUGGGCUCUGGGGUUUUAAAUAUCUCUCCUCCAAACUAUGCGUCGACUUAUAACCCGAAGCGUCUCUGCUACCGCUGGCCGUUCCGCUGUCUCGUCCGUUGCCUCUCGCUCAACUGUUGCCACUCCCAUUAUGGCUUCCAAGGCUUCUGCCAUUGCCGCCAGGCGAUUACACGCUACGGCGCAGCAAUUGAAACCGAUGGCUGCCCUAGCCUCAACUGCUACGAACUACCCCAGCACUCACGACAAGAUCCAGUCGCCCGAGGAUACACCCUACUUCAUCGACAACAAGUUUGUCCAGUCCAAGACUGACAAGUACAUUGAUCUCCCAGACCCUGCUACCAAUAACCUCAUCACCCGCGUCCCGCAGAUGACUGAUGAGGAAAUGAAGGCCGUUGUUGCCAGUGCCCAAAAGGCCUUUGUUUCAUGGAAAGAGACCACCGUCCUCGCUCGUCAGCAGAUCAUGUUCAAGUUUGUCGCUCUCAUCCGUGAGAACUGGGACCGUCUUGCCGCUAGUAUCACUCUGGAGCAGGGCAAGACCUUUGCCGAUGCUAAAGGCGAUGUCCUCCGUGGCCUUCAGGUGGCUGAGGCUGCCUGUUCCGCUCCUGAAUUGCUCAAAGGCGAGGUCCUCGAAGUCGCUAAAGACAUGGAAACUCGCACUUAUCGCGAGCCAUUGGGUGUCACUGCAGCCAUCUGCCCUUUCAACUUCCCUGCCAUGAUUCCCCUCUGGUGUAUUCCCAUGGCUACCAUUACCGGAAACACUCUUAUCUUGAAGCCUUCUGAGCGGGAUCCCGGAGCUGCCAUGAUUCUCGCUGAGCUUUGCGCUAAGGCUGGUUUCCCCGAAGGUGUUGUCAACAUCAUCCACGGUGCCCACAAAACCGUUGACUUCAUCCUCGAUGAGCCUGCUAUCAAGGCUAUUAGCUUCGUUGGUGGCAACAAGGCUGGCGAAUACAUUUUUACGCGUGGCUCUGCAAAUGGUAAGCGUGUCCAGGCGAACUUGGGUGCUAAGAACCAUGCUGCUGUGCUCCCCGACUGCAACAAGAACCAUUUCGUAAACAGCGUUGUCGGUGCCGCAUUUGGUGCUGCUGGUCAGCGUUGCAUGGCUCUUAGCACUCUUGUCAUGGUUGGCGAGACAAAGGAAUGGCUUGCUGAAGUUGCUGAGGCAGCCAAGGCUCUCAAGGUCGACGGUGGCUUUGAGGCCGGCGCUGACCUCGGCCCUGUCAUUUCUCCUCACAGCAAGGAGCGCAUCGAGAGUCUCAUUGCCAGUGCUGAGAAGGAAGGCGCCACUAUCCUGCUGGAUGGCCGCGGCUUCAAGCCCGCCAAGUACCCUAACGGCAACUUCAUUGGUCCCACUAUCAUCUCCAAUGUCACACCCGAUAUGACCUGCUACAAGGAGGAGAUCUUCGGUCCCGUGCUUGUCUGCCUCAAUGUUGAGACCAUCGACGAUGCUAUUGAAUUGAUCAACAAGAACGAAUACGGAAAUGGUGUUGCCAUCUUCACCAGAUCCGGAGCCACCGCUGAGACCUUCCGUCGCCACAUCGAGGCCGGUCAGGUUGGUGUCAAUGUACCUAUCCCCGUUCCUCUGCCUAUGUUCUCUUUCACUGGUAACAAGAAGAGUAUUGCUGGUGGUGGUGCGAGCACCUUCUAUGGUAAGCCUGGUAUCAACUUCUAUACCCAGCUUAAGACUGUUACCUCUUUCUGGUCUGCCAACGAUGCUGUCGCUAAGAAGGCUACCGUCCACAUGCCCACCCUCCAGUAAUUCGAAGAGGGAAGGCAAAAAUACGACGCGUAUCACGGCUACACUAGUAUAGCAAAAAAUGUAAAUGUUCAUUACCCUGUAACUUGAGUAGUUAAUGCAAGGCUUAAUUUGACCAAUAAGUAGACUGCGCCAAUGCGACGCAUGUCUUGUCGUUUGUAUUAGUCGUGAUUUUAAGCGAUACAUGUAUGAGGUAGCGAAAAAGAGUAAAAAAGACAAGUUGCGUAUCUCACACUGCUAAUGUAAACGAACCAGGAUAUCUACUCCUUACCGACAAGCACAGUGCUCUCACUUGCUUCCUUUCCCUCAAAGUCGGCAUCAACAUCGGUAAUGACCUGUCGACCUUUCCACUCUUUCAUAUAAUGCGCGCCGUCAUUACGGACCUUGCUGGAGACAAAAUCGGGGACUACACGGAGUAGCUGCACAAGACGUCCUGCAGUGGGAAGUACAACUUGCCCGCUUCUGCCAGUGAGAACCUGUCUGACGACAGCCUCGGCCAUUGAGUCUGUAUGGAGAGUGGGGAAGAAGAAUGGGUCUUUUUGAUCAAAUCCCUUGAAUAAAUCACUUCUGGUGUGCGCGGGGUGAACCACGACAGUGCGCACCUUGGUGGCGUUGUAUACGGUGGCAAGCUCCGAGGCAAGGCCCUCAUGGAAAGCGAGAGCAGCAGCUUUGGAGGCGGCGUAGUCAACCAUUUUAGGAGCAGUGAUCCAAGAGGCCAAUGAAGCAACGGUAACCACCAUGCCAUGAUUGGUACGUAUCAUGUUGGGGAGGAAUGCCUUUGCAAGCCAGUAGUGGGCAAGGGUAUUGACGUCAAACGUGAAGCGAACAUCACCAGGCUCAGCAUCAAGGAUGUAUUUUCCACGGGCGACGCCAGCAUUAUUGAUAAGAACAGUAGGAUGACCAACCUUGGCUCGGAUUUCAUCAGCGACGGCGUUCACCUUCUCUGGCGAACGAAUGUCACAGGUGAAGUGGUGAACGCGAUGAGCUGUCAGGAAGUUAGCGGUAACUGAGCAGCAAGCAAAACAUAGGCAAAGGUGUCGUUACUUACACGCUCUAAAGCUCAUAGGCUGAACAUCAAUAACCACGACUUUGAUGCCGAGCUCGUCGAAAAACUUGACCAUUGCGCCACCAAUGCCCCCGGCACCGCCGGUGACCAGGACAAUCUCGCGAGACCAGUCAUAGCGAUCCGAAGUCCAAUUGUCUCGAGCCCUGCCUGAGAUGUACUUGCUAAUGGACUUGACUAGGCUGAUGUAGAAAAGCUUCUUGAUGCGGCCAUAUGCCUUUUCGUGGACCACGGACAGGUUAUGCCCACGCUUGGUGUAUCGGGCAAAGAGAAUCAGAGGGAGCAGAAGAGAAGGGUUUAAGAGUGUGCGAUCGAUGAGGCGCAGAAUGACAUCUCCGAAGAAGCCCUCACGAGGCAGGAGACCCUUGUGGAAAGGCAUUCUGAAGUCUGAAGAUUUUUCGCUAUCUUUGGCGAGCGAG